CCCGAGCUUGAUGAAUAUUGCUUUGGUACUUUGAUCUCUGUCGAUUCUCUGAGAAAACAUCGGUGGAGCUUUCCCGCGUGAUAUAAAAUAUUCACUGGCUGGAAUAUUAAAGGGUCUGUCUCGUUUCUUUAAACUGUUCAGGUGGGAGCUUGAUGUCUAAAUGGUUAUUGAAUUGCUGGGGCUUUUCUUGCUUUAAAUAGAAAAAGAUGAGUUACACGACAACAACGGUUGAGAGUGAUGAUGGUAUGCAAUCCAGCAUCCAUAACGAAUCACCAGCUGCUGAUAGUAUUGGCAAUGAUAAUAGAAGCAGAGGGAAAGGAAAAGUCCUGAAGAAAGGGCCAUGGACGUCAUCCGAAGACGGGAUUUUGAUUAACUAUGUCAAGAAGCACGGCGAGGGUAACUGGAAUGCUGUGCAGAAACACACAAGCCUGUCUCGUUGUGGUAAAAGCUGUCGUCUAAGAUGGGCUAAUCAUCUGAGGCCAAACUUGAAGAAAGGAGCUUUUAGCCAAGAAGAAGAACAGCUCAUUGUUGAAAUGCACGCCAAGAUGGGAAAUAAAUGGGCACAUAUGGCUGAACAUCUGCCUGGUCGAACAGAUAAUGAGAUAAAGAAUUAUUGGAACACUCGUAUCAAGAGGCGACAACGAGCAGGCUUACCACUUUACCCUCCUGAAAUCCAUGUUGAAGACCUGCAGUGGAGUGAAGAGUAUACAACGAGUAACAUCUUUGGGGUAGAUAGAAGAAGAAAUCAAGACUUCUUGCAGUUGGGGAAUUCCAAAGCUAAUGCCCUGUUUGACGAUCUAAAUAUUGCUACCAGCUUGUUACCUGGCGCUUCUGACCUUUCAGAUAUGUUUGCGUGCAACAUGCUGGGAACUGGUGCAACUACUUCCCGGUACGAAAGCUACAUGCCACCCAUAUUGCCUUCCCCAAAGCGACUCUUGGAAUCUGGAUCUCGGUUUCCCAUGUGCAGCAGUAACAUAAAGCAUGAAUUCCAAUCUCCGGAACAUUUUCAGAAUACUGCUCAACAAAAGAAUCACAAAUCUUGCAGUAUCUCUCCUUGUGAGGUUGAUCAUCCUCGUAACGGAAACCGACAUUCAUCUGAUAUGAUGAUUCCAAAUAGCCAUACCUUUACGGAUGGCAUGCUUCCUACUUCUAAGCCCAUAUUUGGGGCAGUGAAGCUGGAGCUCCCUUCAUUCCAAUAUUCAGAAACUAGUGCAUUUGAUCUGUGGAAGACGACACCGCCAUCUCCACAAUCAGAUCUCGUGGACUCUGUUGACGCCUAUAUUCAGUCUCCACCACCGUUGGAGAUAGAGGAGUCAGAUUGUUUCUCUUCAUGCGACACUGGGUUACUAGAUAUGCUACUUCAUGAAGCCAAGAUCAAAACUAGUGCGAAGCACAGGUUGUUGUCAUCAUCAUCUGAGAAGAGCUUCGGUUCAGCUACUUGUACAACCGAUGCUACUCUGAAUGUACCACCUGGUGGUGAAACCCAAAUAAAAUCAGGUGAAUUUGAAGAUUCCCAAAAGAAUCUGGUUACUUCCGAGGUUUCAAUUCCCUCACAACUUAGUACAGCUUUUGCAGGGAACGUUGUAAAGACAGAAGAGUUGGAUCAGGUUUGGGAGCCAAAGAGAGUUGAUAUAACACGGCCUGAUGUUUUACUUGCGUCGAGCUGGCUUGACCAAGGCUGUUUUGGGAUUGUUAGAGACUCGAGCAGCAUGAGCGAUGCGCUUGCGCUUCUUCUUGGUGGUGACGACACUGGAAACAGUUACGUGACUGUUGGGUCAUCAUCAGGUCAAGCACCACGAGGCGUUGGGUCUUGCGCAUGGACUAAUAUGCCUCCUGUUUGGUCUUUGUAACAAAAUGAAACCACAUCACAAUUUGAUCUUUCUGUAUUAUCAUGUUUACUUACUUCCUUUGAGGACUUGCGGUUUGUUAUAGUUGAGAGAAAAUUUAUGGAUUUGAGGGGAAAAAAUACACUGUUUGAUUUCGAUUCUCUUGUCACCUGAGUAAUUUCUCUUAAAAACCUCGA